AUGGAUACUCUCGGCCACGGCACUCAAGUAGCUGGUAUUAUAGCAGGAUAUGAUGCCGAAAAUGGCUUUAUUGGGGUACUCCCCAACGCCACUAUUCAUGCCUACGCCGCUGAAUCCGACUUGACAACUUCUACAGAAGACACCAUGAUAGCAGCUUGGCUUGAAGCCUACAAGGAUGGGGCACAAGUCAUAGUCUCUAGUAUUGACCUUUCAAGCAGUUGGGCAGAAAGGCCAUCUGCUCUUGUUGUCUCGCGUAUUACAGCAAGAGGCAUUCCCUGCAUUGUUGCUCUUGGCAAUGGCCACUUGGGUCCAUUCGACGCCGUGUCGCCAGGCACCGGCCGCGGCGCGGUGGCGGUGAACUCGGUGUCCCGCAGCCAUGGCCGAAUAACAGGCGAGUAUGUCUAUCGCAUUAAUAGCGACGCUGAUAUUGCCUUCGGAGUCAGGAUGGGAGAGCCGCACGCCUGGGAUACCGAGGAGCUCGCGGUACAUGAUAUCGACGCCGACUACGGAGGCAAUAUAGACGACAUGGAAGGCCCUUUGCCUGAUUGCCAGCCGAGGCCGGGCGAUGAUGGUAAAAAAGACUUGACUGGGCGCGUAGCACUUAUUCGCUACCCCGUUAGAGACGAACAGCACUGCAUCUUCGAGCAAAGGGUGCUGAACGCAACGGCCCGCGGCGCGAUCCACGUCCUGGCAUAG